AUGGUGAGAAAGGGGCUUUGGGAUAUGGCAGCUGUUCUGCUUUGGGCCAUAUGGCUGCCCUUCUCUCUGUGCCAGACCAUGCCAUCUUCUCAAGAUGGCAAGAUCAAAUUCCGCCUGGCAGGGUACCCGCGCAAGCACAAUGAGGGUCGUAUCGAGGUCUUCUACAACGGCGAGUGGGGCACCAUCUGCGACGACGACUUUACCCUGUCCAAUGCCCACGUGCUGUGCCGACACCUGGGUUUUGUGGAGGCAACAGGCUGGUCACACAGUGCCAAGUAUGGCGCUGGCACAGGGAAGAUCUGGCUGGACAACGUGAUGUGUGGAGGCUCUGAGAGCAGCAUUGAGAAAUGUGUGUCCCGGGGAUGGGGUAACAGUGACUGCACCCACGAUGAGGAUGCCGGGGUAGUCUGCAAGGAUGAGAGACUGCCUGGAUUUGUGGACUCCAAUGUAAUAGAGAUGCAGGUGGAUGAGAAUCGUAUGGAGGAGAUACGACUGCGCCCGCUGUCGAACAGCGCUGGCGCGAGGAUGCCCGUCACGGAGGGGGUGGUGGAGGUGAAGUACAAAGAGGGCUGGGCUCAGAUCUGCAAUGUGGGAUGGACCACCAAGAACUCGCGUGUGGUCUGUGGGAUGAUGGGAUUUCCCUCGCAGAAGAGCGUUAGCAGGAGCGUCCCCAGUCGUGGCAGCGUGUACAGAAUCCACUCAGUUGCUUGCACUGGGAAUGAGGUUCAUCUCUCAGUCUGUACGAUGGAGUAUAGCAAACCAAACUCCAGUGUCCCUUGUACAAAUGGAGGACCUGUUGUCGUUAGCUGUGUGCCAGGACCCCAGUUUUCCCACCGUCAUAGUGCAAGGAGGCCCAACCCUAUGUCUAAAGUCAGGCUAAAGGGUGGAGCGAAAGCAGGAGAGGGGCGUGUCGAGGUGCUGAAGGACAAUGAAUGGGGCACAGUUUGUGAUGACCGCUGGAAUCUACAGUCCGCUAGUGUAGUGUGUAGAGAGCUGGGGUUUGGUACCGCCAAAGAGGCUCUUACUGGAGGACGGAUGGGACAAGGUAUAGGCCCUAUCCACAUGAAUGAAGUGCAGUGUCGGGGAGAAGAGAAAAGCCUAUGGGAUUGCCCUCACAAGAGCAUCACUUCAGAGAACUGCAAGCAUGCAGAGGAUGCCUCAGUCAAAUGCAACGUUCCCUACAUGGGCUACGAGAAAAUGAUCCGCCUCACAGGUGGACGCUCACGUUUUGAGGGACGUGUUGAGAUCAUGACCCCGAAUAGCAGCGGACAGAAGGCAUGGGGGCUCAUCUGUGGAGAGGGCUGGACGUCCCGCGAGGCUAUGGUGGCAUGCCGGCAGCUGGGGCUCGGCUAUGCCAGCAGUGGCCUGCGAAUUCGAAUCGUCGGAGGCAGGACGACCCAUGAGGGUCGUGUGGAAGUAAAGGUGGGAUCGAGGUGGGGCGUUGUGUGCAGUGAGGGAUGGACAACCAGGGAGGCCAUGGUAGCCUGUCGACAGCUAGGGCUGGGCUACUCCUUGCAUCCCAUCACUGAAACGUGGUACUGGGAUAGCAGUAAUAUCACGGAGAUGGUGAUGAGUGGCGUGAAGUGUAAGGGAGACGAGAUGACUCUAGCACACUGCCAGCAUCAUCGUGCAGUCAGCUGUAAGAAGGCAGGAUCACAGUUCUCUGCAGGGGUCAUCUGCAGUGACACGACCUCUGACCUCAUCUUGAACGCCCCGCUGGUUGAGCGUUCGGCCUACAUCGAGGAUCGCCCGCUGCACAUGCUCUACUGUGCCGCUGAAGAGAACUGUCUGUCGAAAUCUGCCGCCAAGGCCAACUGGCCCUACGGGCAUCGACGUCUGCUCCGGUUCUCUUCGGAGAUCCACAACAUUGGCCGCGCCGACUUCCGCCCACGCCUCGGCCGCCACUCCUGGGUGUGGCACGAAUGCCAUAGGCACUAUCACAGUAUGGACAUCUUUACUCACUAUGACCUUCUUACCAUAAAUGGCACUAAAGUGGCAGAUGGACACAAGGCCAGCUUCUGUCUGGAGGACACUGAUUGCCAGGAAGGUAUAUCAAAGCGGUAUGAGUGCGCCAAUUUUGGAGAGCAGGGCAUUACUGUCGGCUGCUGGGACGUAUAUCGACAUGACAUUGACUGUCAGUGGAUUGACAUCACUGAUGUGACGCCAGGAAAUUACAUACUCCAGGUUGUUAUUAACCCUAACUUUGAAGUGUCUGAGAGUGACUUCACCAACAAUGCCAUGAAAUGCAAUUGCAAAUAUGAUGGCAAUCGCGUCUGGCUUCAUAAAUGCCAUCUAGGUGAUUCCUUCAGUGAAGAAGCAGAGAAGGAGUUUGAACUCUAUCCUGGACAGCUGAACAACCAGAUCUCUUAA